AGAACGAAUGACCGCGAAAUCUCUCUCAUCUUCAUAUGAUCAAAUAACUGCUAACAUGAGUUCAGACAUUUGUUUAUCAAACUCGGAAUAUUUCUGUAAAAGUUCAGGAUAUGUUUCGUGACAGAACUGCACACUUACUUUUAUGUUUUAUUUUUCUUAAGUUUGCAUUUCUUUAAGGUGUUGGCACGCGGUGGAUCUUGAUGAAAACGAAUAUCAUUAACGGUGAUCUGGAUUAUUAUUAUUAUACCGGAGUGAAAGAGGAACCGGAUGAGAAACAUUAUGAGAUGUGAAGCGAAUAUAAACUGACUUAUAAAUCAAACAAUAUGACUAAACUACUGACCUGCACCAGUUUAUUAUUUUACACAACAAUGGUGUGUGUUUGUGGCGAGUUCAUCGAGCCGCCUCCUUCAGUGUCGCUGCGCUCUUUCUCUGACACACAAACGCGGCUGCCGUGUCGGUUUGCGGUGGAUGGGGACGAGCGAGUCGUGCAAGUGACCUGGUCGAGACAGAAACCUGGAGGAGAGAGAGAACAAAUCAUCAUUGGACACUUUACCGAGGGACCCAAAGCGUCUCCUGAUUUUGUGGAUCGUGUUCAGUUUGAGAGUUCUGAUCCGACUCUGGAUUCCACAUUGUUGAUUCUGAACACCAAGAAGGCCGAUCAGGCCACAUACACCUGUCACAUCUCAACAUUUCCCUCCGGAAACUUCGAGACACAGAUCAGUCUCACUGUGUUGAUUUUACCAGUCUCCUCGCUGGAGCCGGUAAUCCUGCAGGAAGGACAAUCGUUCCGCGUGGCUGCUUCCUGCCGUUCGGUUGGCCACCCACCGCCACGCCUCUCCUGGGACACGGACAUUCCCGGCCAGUCGCAGAACCGGACUGGAGAGAAUUCCGUCGUGACCUCCGAGUUCUCCCUGCACCCUCUGCGCAGCAUGAACGGUGGUCGUCUAGACUGUCUUGUGUGGCAUCCGGCUUUGGACGGCCCGCGCAGACUACAAAACAACUUGAUCGUCCACUUUCCUCCAGAUGCAGAGAUCGAUUCUUCUGGUUCCUGGGGCUUUGGUCACACGGGGGCGGCGCUCAGGUGUGCGGUUAAAGGAAACCCGCUGCCACAAAACACCACCUGGUCCAGGAAGGAAGGACGUUUGCCGGAUGGAGUUUUGGUUCAGGGUGAUAAGCUGGUCUUCAGGCGACCUCUGAAUGUGUCAGAUGAGGGUGUGUACGUCUGUCAGACUGCAAACAGUGUUGGGAUGGUUAAAGCGGAGUUCAAAGUGGAGGUUGAAAGACAGACGGGUGGAUUCACAAAUGCUAUCAGGAGUCAACCAGAGACGCUCCUCAUCGUUUUGGGGGCAUCUGUCACCGGGGGUUUGGUGGUUGUCAUCGUGAUCAUCAUCAUUUUCUUGAACUGUCACCUUAGACGAAAGAACAGGAAGUUGAAAAGGGCACUCAGCGUGAGAACAGAGGAAAUGAUCAGCCUCUCACGACAGGCAUCCAUGAGAAGACUCAACUCCAUCAACUCGGAUCCCAGAAUACAGCCUGAAGAGAGCUCGUUGAAUCGAGUGGACAGUGUCAUGAAAAACAGUGUUUUAUCAAUUGAGGAUCACUCCACACUGAGUGACCCGAGAGGAAGAUACGCUGACGGAGAGUUCGACAGUCUCGGGCGUCCUGCGAUAUACUUGUCGUCCCGGGCGGAGCGAGCCAGUGUACGGCUGAGAGAGGAAGAGAGAAAGGAACGCCAAUGCAGAGUCGAAUCUUACGUGAGGUCCAGCAACAUGUCUCUGGAUUCUGGGCUUCACCGAGAUCAAAGCUCUCCUCCUCCGUCCAUGAGCUCUGGUCCUGCUGGAGACAAAGAGACGGGUGGAGAAAGGUGGAGACAAGGUUCUCGAAGAGAGAUUCACCGAGAGGAACGUGACCAGAGAGACGGAGAAGACCGAAUUCCUGAAGGAGAAGAAGGAAACUCUUAUCAGUUAUCCGAAGCCGUAUCGAACUACUUCCAGUGCAGUAACGGUGGACUCACUCCAAAGGCAAAUCCGAAUGCUAUCAUACUACACCCACGAGGACAAAUGAUCUAGUGAACUACAAAUGAACUCCAGGAGUGAAGAUGUAAAUAAAGUGUUUUGCGUUCAUCUUCGGAAUAUUUCGUUUUAUCGUCUCUAUGAUCACUACACGGGCUGUUAAAUGGAUCAUUUAUCCCCAAAAAAUGAAAAUAAUGUCAUCAUUUAGUCUCUCUCAUGUUUGUCCACAACAGCAGGAUGCUCGUUCUUCUGUGGAACACAAAAGCAGAUAUUUAGCAGAAUGUUCAUGCUGCUCUUUUCCUUUCAAUGAAGGCAUACAGUGACCAGGGGUCGGAUUCACAAAAAUUUUAAGAACAUUUAUAAACGUUUCUGGUUUAAGAAAGAAGACAAGAACAUCCUUAAUGAUCGUGAAUACAAAAUAUUCAGGAAUGUCGUCCAUACAACUCGUGCGCUAUAUUCCUAAAUGGUUGCUAGGUUGUAUGCAGUUGCUAGGGUGUUGAAGUGAUAGAGUGAAAGAAAGAAUAAGAAGCAUGAUGUAAAGAUGGAAAAAGAAAGUGGUGGAGUGAUAGGAUGUAGUUUGAAUCCUCUAAAGGAGUUCUUACAGGAAAAAGUUUUCAUACCUUGAAUGGACGUCAAAGUGAGGCAUUUUCGGAAGUCCGAUACUGGAAUACCGUAAUUCCGAUCAGUUAGAAAAGAUACAGCACACUGUUUGGGAUUAGUCUGAAGAUUUGUGCUGUUUUUGGUGCAUGUAGCUUAAAAGCUCUACUUUGUUGCUAGGGUGAGCUCACUUGGUUGCUAGGCAGUUUCCAGAGUGAUGUUAACAAGGCUGCUUGCUGGCCUGAGUCAUACGAGCCAACAAUGAAGUCUACAGGCUGUAUGACCGUAUUAACCGCUAGUAAUCGCUAAUAUUGUGUAGAAAAAUACAGCCUGUUAACUUAAUAUAAUGUAAAUAUAUUUCAGAGGAUAUUUUAAUGAGUUGUGGCUUUCGUACAGUGACAAAUAAAGGCCAAUUAUUGAAUUUUGGUAAUAAUACGCUGUCUAAAUAUCAUGCUAACUAUUUCACACAUGGUUAAAACGGUUCAUUGUACAUUUAAAAUAUCUACAAUGGCAAGAAAAAGUAUGUGAACCCUUUGGGAUUAGCUGGUUUUCUGCAUUAAUUGCUCAUAAAAUCUGAUCUCAUCUUCAUCAAAGUCAGAACUAUAGACAAACACAACGUGCUUAAGCUAACAACACGCACGCAAUUAUAAUCUUUCAUGUCUUUAUUGAACACAUCCCUUUAAACAUUCACAGUGCUGUGGAAAAUGUAAGUGAACCCUUAAUCUAAUGACGUCAACACAAGCAACACAAGAUUGGAGGUGUGGGUUAGAGCUACUUUGACUUAUAAAAAGCACACUAUUCACAAGAAGCAUCUGCUGAUGUUGAUUACAACAUUAUCUCAAAGAGUUUAGAUAUCCAUCUGUCCACAGUUAGACACAUUUUCUAUAAAUGGAGAUGAUUUAGUACUAUAGGUACUCUCACUAGAAGUGGCCGUUAGAUAUCCAUCUGUCCACAGUUAGACACAUUUUCUAUAAAUGGAGAUGAUUUGGUACUAUAGGUACUCUCUCUAGAAGUGGCCGUCCAGCCGUGAUGAAUCAAAGGGCCACGUUUGAGACGUUCACACCAGAGAUCCUGAUAAUACGACUGAGCUGAAGCAGUUCUGUAAGGAAGAAUGAUCCAGAAAUCCUUCUGAAGCCUCUACCGGAGAGGCUUGAUUGAGGUUAUUGCUGCCAAAGGCGUUUCAACCAGUUAUUAAACCCAAGGGUACACUUACUUUUUCCACAGCAUUGUGAAUGUUUAAUGGGAUGUGUUCAAUAAAGACAUGAAAGAUUAUAAUUGUGUUUAUGUGUUGUUAGUUUAAGCACAUAGUGUUUGUCUAUACUUGUGACUUUGAUGAAGAUGAGAUCACAUGUUAUGAGCAAUUAAUGCAGAAAACCAGCUGAUCCAAAGGGUUCACAUACUUUUUCUUGCCAGCUAGCUUUAUAUUUUGAUGCUAGGGCAUCAUCAUACAGUAUUUGGGAUCUAAGGCAAUAAGCAGUUAUCAAUUUUAUGAGCUCAACAGCAUCUGUCCCCAUUCACAUUUAUUCCAUGGCAAAGAGCAGCGUGAACGUUCCGCCUAAUAUCUCCUUUUGUGUUCCACAGAAGAAAGAAAGUCUUAAGGGUUUGGAACAAUGUGAGGAUGAGUAAAUGAUGAACAACUAAACCAAACUCCCUUAUGUAACCGGAUGUGAUGGGGAAAAUGGAGGAUUGCAAGAGAGUUUUCAAAGUCAUUCGCUGGAUUAUACGGGCAAAUCCGCUUCAAAGAGAUUUCAACAGUAUCAACAGGUGAUCUCAGACGAUAGAUGAGUCGUGGAUAUAAUUGCAGGUAUAUGCUGUGUGGUUUAAAUAUACGCCUGAGAACACCUGCGCAUCUCUGCUGACUCCAACAUACUGACUUUAAAUGAAUCUACUGGACCAAGUCUGUGCAACAGUAGUGUUGAUCGUAAUUUGUGCCUCUUCUAGACACCGUCUACCUCUGAAGAUCUCAUCACACAGUGUGCGAGACUACAAACAUUGAGUCAGUAAGAAGUAAUCGAUCGGUAGUUUGACUUACUAAAACUCUGUGACUUUCAAAACGUUGUUUGUUAGAUCGGCACAUCAACUUCUGGCUCAACCAAUGAUGAUAUUUCGGGCCGGGACGAGCUGUUUGGCCCACCAAUGGAGAGUUUAGAAAUAUAUUAGGAAGCAUUUUUGCCACUAGUGCCACAGAAAUGACACAUUUUACCAGUCAAGCUAGCUUCGGUGUGUUUAGAUAAUGGACAAAAGCCUGGAUUUGAGGAGAUUGCUGGCGGUAAAUCCAUUCCAGGUGUUGAACGCCAAUCGUCAGAUGUUCUUGUUUGAAGUUAUAAAUCCAUUAAUUGCCGGUUAUAUUUAGUAUUUGCAAUGCUGUAAUGAGUGUGGGAGAUCCUCUCUCAAAGAGAUGUGUAUUAAUAGUAUCAACAAAAGGCCAUUACCUUACAAACCUUGUAGCAUUUAUUACUGUAAGAAAUGUUAUUUUUUUAAAUGCGGCAGUUUUACUGUAUAAAACAUAAGGUAUUUUGGCUGUAUCUAACUAUAGUUACAAAGGUGAAAUUUUGUAUCGGUUAACCAGAUUUUGGGAGCAAAUAAAUCGUCAUUCAAUAGUGAGAAAUGUUGUUUACUUUAACCUUUAAGUACUAAAAACACGAAACUGGUUUGUCUAGUCCUAUUACCAGUAAGCUUUAAAACUUUGGACUGUUUCCAGUUUUCCGAGCUCUAUUUACUUUACAGAAAUCUCUUUUUUUGUAUAUCUGAGAAGCUUGAUGGCAUCGUCAAGGUGCGUUCACACUGACAGUGAAGAAAUUGCGCAAGUCGUUAAAUUGACGGUUAGUAGUGGGCGUUCCUACUCGACUCUUGUUGACUUCCAAUUACUUUUUUGCUGCAAAUCGCUGUCAUUGAGCGGACUAUUCUGGGAAACACUUAAGGAGGUGGUAGGCAGAACGGUAGUCUCAGUCACCAUUCACUUUCACUUGUAUUUGUAUGUCGCUUUUCUCAAUAGAAACCGCUUCAAAGCGGCUUUACAGAAAAUAGUUUUUUGGGUCCCUAUACUUCUAUGUACAUAAGGUCAUUUUUGCAUUUUGUAUUUUUUCUGUAGACACAGGAUUGUCAAAAGUGUUUAUGGAGAGAAAAAGAAAGGAAAACUGAUUGGUGACAAACUUUAAUAAAUAUGAGCAUUAAAGACACAGGCACUUCUUUGGAAACAGUACCGAAAGAGUUUAUUAAAGGCACAGCGGUCAGAUUUCAAAUAUGAGGAAACUCUUGAGGGAGAAUUCACUAAUAAUGAACACUGAAAAACACUGAUAGUGUUGUUUAUUUAUGCAAAUUGGGUAACAAUGUAUUUCGGCUGGUUGCACUGGACUGUGUGGUGCUAACGUUUAGUACGGAGCCCCUUUGAGGACAGGGAGGGAAUUUAUUUUCUGAAGUAGUUUUGCAUUCUCAGUUAUUUUGGGUUCCCUUGCAAUCGAUUUAUCUAUCCCUUGUAUAGUAAAAGAUUUUCCCACGUUUUUGGAGGAAUGAUUGAUUUUUUUACGAUUACCGUAAUUUUUAUUUUCCUGUAUCAUUGCUAAGGUUUUACUACAAAUAUAAUGGUUAAAAUAUGGUCACUGUGGUAAAACCAUGGUACAUUUUGUGGAUCUGUUUUUUUAUAGUUACUGUUGUAAUACAGUGGUUAAUUCUUGUUAAUACUUAUUUCAAAACUAUUUGCAAGGAAAUAAAAUUAUUGCGGGGAACGCCAAACUAUUGGGAAGGAAGGAACGCCAAACUAUUGGGAUGGAACGAACGCCAAACUAUUGGGAAGGAAGGAACGCCAAACUAUUGGGAUGGAACGAAAGCCAAACUAUUGGGAAGGAACGCCGAAAAAAUGCAAAACGAUUGGGAAGGAAGGAACUCCAAACUAUUGGGAAGGAAGGAACGGCAAACUAUUGCGGAAGAAUGCAAAACUAUUGGGAAGGAAUGCAACAUUUUUGCAGGGGAAUGGCAAACUAUUGCGAAGGAACGCACACCGGAAAAAUGCAAAACUAUUACGAAGAAACGCAAAACUACUGAGUGGGAAUACCAAACUAUUGCGGAGGAACGGCAAACUAUUGUGAAGAAACAUAAAACUGGAGUGGUGGUGGUGUAGUGGGCUAAAGCACAAAACUGGUAAUCAGAAGGUUGCUGGUUUGAUCCCCACAUUCACCAUCAUUGUGUCCUUGAGUAAGACACUUAACUCCAGGUUGCUCCGGGGGGGAUUGUCCCUGUAAUAAGUGCUCUGUAUAAUACAUUGGUAAUCAGAAGGUUGCUGGUUUAAUCCCCACAUUCACCAUCAUUGUGUCCUUGAGUAAGACACUUAACUCCAGGUUGCUCCGGGGGGAUUGUCCCUGUAAUAAGUGCACUGUAAGUCACUCUGGAUAAAAGCAUCUGCCAAAUGCAUAAAUGUAAAUGUAAAACUGCUGAGAGGGAACGCCAAACUAUUGUGACGCAACACAAAACUAUUGAGGGGGAAUGCCAAACUUUUGCAAGGAAUGCCAAACUAUUGUGAAGAAGUGCCAAAGAGGAAUGCAGAGGAACGGCAAACUAUUGCAGAGGAACGCCAAACUCUUGAGGGUGAACGCCAAACUUUUGCAUGGAAUGCCAAGGAGGAAUGCGGAGGAACGCAAAACUAUUGAGGGGGAACGCAAAACUAUUGCGGAGGAACACAAAACUAUUGAGGGGGAACGCAAAACUAUUGAGGGGGAACGCAAAACUAUUGAGGGGGAACGCAAAACUAUUGCGGAGGAACACAAAACUAUUGAGGGGAACGCAAAACUAUUGAGGGGGAACGCAAAACUAU